CUCUGCCUGUCUUCUCUCCCACUAUAUCGCGAGAGACGUAGACUGGAACAGGAGGCAGAGAAAUAUACAUAUUUUUUCACAGCAACAACAAUAAUAAAAUAAUAAUAAUAAAACGGUUAAAUAAACGGUUGAAACCUAAAUUGGAAGGAGGAAAUAGAGAAGGCGGGGACAAACACGAAAUGAGAGAAAUAAAAAAUAUGAAUCCUAAAGCAAAAUUAUAAUAGCUGGCUAGCAAGCUAAUAGCAAGGUAGCUAUCCAGCUGCUAAUAGCUAGCUACUAAUAGCCAGCUAAUAAUAUUAAUGGAUAGCAAGCUAGCCAGUGACAACAUCAGUUGAAUUUUAGCCAGCUAGGUACGCCGCAAAAGGAAUAACUACCUUCUUGCUUGAGGCGUUCAGAAAAGGAGGUCGCUUUCCCCCUGAAGCAGCGGCCUCGAGUUGUCAACGGAGCCGACAAUGAUUUUAUAUUUGUUGUCUUCCUGGAAGCCUCGCUCGCCCUAAAGAAAGAUAAGGAUCCCAGCGAACGACUGUCAGCCAGUCCAGACACCUCUUCCCUGUCCCUGCACCCCUGCCUGUCCCUCUCUCCUUUCCUCCCCUCCCUUGUUUAGUCCCUCUUGCUGGUUUGCACAUUUUCGUCGGUGGAAAUACGUAGUAGUACUUUUUGCCUUGCAUGCGGCAGUGGCAGGAGUGUGAUAGUGGGAGUCGCUAAGUUAAAUGUGUAGACUGGCCGAAGCUGAUUGAUCUUUUAUCCUGGGUAAAUUCCUCCAAUGAAUGGAGCUGGUGCCCCCCCGACCGCCUCCCACUCUGCCGUAACCACUUGAGGCUUGAUCGAAAUUUCAGCGAUCCGUCGUCGUUCAGUUUGAAGGAACCAUGAACGGCUCUCUCCUGACCCCUCCCAGCCCGCGCGCGUCCAACGCCACCCCCCUGCCUCCCUCCCCGUCUCCCUCCCCCUCGCCCCCUUCCCCCUCCCUCCUGCCCCCGCCGCCCCCGCCUCCCCCGGCCCACACCUCCUCCCUGUCCGACACGCCGACCCCCUCCCCCUCCCCCUCGCUCAGCUGGACGGAUUUCUGCGAGCUGCACGCGCGGGUCGCCGCCGGCGACUUCGCCCGCCACUUCCGCGCCUUCCUGCUGGAGAACCCGCACUACUCGCCCGACUCGGCCGCCGCCUUCUGCCGCCGCUUCACCGACCGCUUCGUCCGCCACUUCGAGAGCGAGCUGGAGGCCGGCGCCCUGGGGAAGGAGGCGGGGGGCUGGGUCCCCAACUCGGACGCCACCUCCCUGGAAGAGGAGCCCUCGCCGCCCCUGGCCCCGGACGCCGCCCCAUCCGCCCCGUGCCCGGCGGCGCUGCCGCGCGCGGCGCCCAAGCCCGCGUCGGGCCGGGGGCCGGCAGAGGGGCGCGGCGGGCCGCGGGUCCCGCCAUCCUCCUCCUCCUUCCAGGACCCCUACGCCCAGGCCCAGGCCCUCCCCCCGUCCUCGUCCUCCUCCUGCUCCUCCUCCAUGGGCGGGAACAACGGGAAGCGGGAGGAGCCCGGCACGACGGUCAGGCGCUGCCCCGGCAACGCCCCCGCCGGAGGCGGGGACAGGGAAGAGGAGGAGGAGGGCUGGGCGGGGCCGACGCUGGAGGAAGGCGGAGAGGGGGAGGAGGGAGAGGGGGGCGAGAUGGAGGCCUUCCCGGAGAACGCGGACGGGUGCCCUGCGCCGAAAAGCUUCCCCUCCGCGACGCCCUCGGCGGUCAAGGGCAACGGUACGGCCGCGGGGGGCAACCCCAAAAACAAACUGAAGAAGCGGUUCUCCCUGCGGAACGUGGGGCGGAGCGUGCGGGGCAGCGUCCGCGGGAUCCUGCACUGGCGCAGCUCCUCCAGCGAGUCGCCGCAGAACUGCAGCCCCGCCAGCUCGCUGACCUCCAGCUACAGCUACACCAUGGGCGUGCAGGACGGCAAGAGGGGCGCCGGCCCGCCGCCCCAGGCCCCCUCCUCCCUGCCCGUCUCCCUCUCCCUCCCCCUCUCCCUCCCCCACUCCUCCUCCUCCUCCCUGCCCCCGUCCUCCUCCAGCAGCGCCACCUCCCUCUCCCUCUCGGAGGCGAGGGACCGGCGGAGGAGCAACGGGGAGGGAGGAGGGGGGGCGGAGAAGGAGAAGUGGAGCCACCGGCUGGACAAGCUGCGCCUUUCCCGCUCGCCUCCCCCGCUCCUGCCUCCCCCCUCCUCCCUCUCCCCGUCCGCCUCGCUCCCCCCGAGCAGCGCCGCCGGCUCCAGGAAGCCCGGGAGGCUGGUGCGGGAGGGGGGCGUGACGGUCAGCUCCUCCUCGGACGAGUUCUCGGGGACCCACAGCUUCUCGGGGUUCUCCUUCGGACUUUACCACCUGCAUCACAGCGCCGACGAGGGCGGCCCCGCUCCCAGCGCCGCGCCGACGGGCGCCGCUCCCCCUCCCGCCACAGGGGGCGCUGUGGGCUGGCGGGGCGGCCGCUGGCAGAAGUGCCGCCUGGUCCUGCGGGCCAGAGAGAGAGAGGGAGGGGAAAGAGGGGAGGACUACUUCCUGGAGUUUUUCAUCCCGCCCAAGUCCUCCAAGCCCCGGCUAGCUAUCCCAUGUAGCUCCAUUCUGGAUGUGAGAAGCACUACAGCCCUGGAAGUGCCGGACAAAGAGAACACUUUUUUCCUGCAGAUUGAGGGGCCGGUGCAGUAUGUGAUCGAGACCAGAGAUGCGGUACAGAUGAGGGCCUGGCUGAGCGACAUCAGGAAUGCCAUAUGCCUGAGUGAGCAGGAGGACAUCGAGGGGGUGUGCGGCGGGGGCCAGACGGACAUCAGCGGGACCCCGGAGUUCGGCGACCGCCUCUCUCAAGUGUGUUACGGGGGUGUCGGUGGCUCCUCCCCGCUGCUGGAACCCCUCCCCCCGGAGCUGCCGCCCCGCGCCCCCCUGGACGAAUCGGACAGCCGGCUUUUAGGCGGAGGCGGGGCCAGCCUGGGCACGCCCUUUGCGGAGACCCCUGAUGCCACAGGGUCGUUCCUGUUUUCGGACGUGGCCACGCCCCUGACGGAGACGGUGGAGCACCCCCUGAGCGAGUGCCAGUGGUUCCACGGCACCCUGUCCCGGCUGAAGGCGGCCCAGCUGGUGCUGGCGGGCGGGACGGCCAGCCACGGCGUGUUCCUGGUGCGCCAGAGCGAGACGCGCCGCGGCGAGUACGUCCUCACCUUCAACUUCCAGGGCAAGGCCAAGCACCUGCGGCUGUCCCUGAAUGAGGACGGUCAGUGCCGGGUCCAGCACCUCUGGUUCCAGUCCAUCUUCGACAUGCUGGAGCACUUCCGGGUCCACCCCAUUCCCCUGGAGUCCGGAGGGGCCUCGGACGUCACCCUCAUCAGCUUCGUGGGGGCCACCGCCGUGCGCCAGCCAGGCCGGGACAGGGCAGGCAGCCGGCCCACAGUCUGUGAUGUCAUCACCCCGCGCCACCCCGACUCUCCAUCAACACCCAUCUCUGACUGUGUACUUGACCAGCAGACCCCGUAGCCCCCCCCAGCCUCCCCC